UGUCUUUCAUUACAACACCAAACAUAAAAGAAAUGGAUAACAAUAAUGAUUCAUCAAAAUCACUAACCGGACCACACUUUCUGUUCGUGACCUUUCCAGCACAAGGCCACAUCAACCCAUCUCUCGAGCUGGCCAAGCGCCUCGCCGGAACAAUAGCCGGAGUUAGAGUCACCUUCGCAGCCCCUAUCUCCACCUAUAACCGCCGUUUGUUCUCCAAAGAAAACGUCCCUGAAACCUUAAUCUUUGCCACAUACUCCGAUGGCCACGACGACGGCUUCAAGUCCUCGACUUCAUCCGACAAAACUCGCCAAGAAACCGCAGGACGAUACAUGUCUGAGAUGAAACGACGCGGCAGAGAAACCUUAACCGAACUAAUAGAAGAUAACCGGCGUCAAAACCAGCCUUUUACCUGCGUGGUUUACACCAUCCUCCUCACUUGGGUCCCUGAGCUGACGCGUGAGUUUCACAUCCCUUCUGCUCUUCUCUGGGUCCAGCCCGUAACCGUCUUCUCCAUCUUCUACCACUACUUCAACGGCUACGCAGAUGCAAUCUCAGAGAUGGCUGAUAACGACCCUUCUGGUUCUAUUAAACUACCAGCUCUGCCGCAGUUCCGUCUCCGUGAUCUUCCCACGUUCCUCGUCCCUGAAAACCCAUAUUCGUUUCUUCUACCGGCGUUUCGAGAACAUAUAGAGUCGCUGAAGCAAGAUGAAAACCCUAAGAUACUCGUCAAUAGUUUCCAAGAGCUUGAACAAGAAGCUUUUAGCUCGGUUCUUGGUAAUUUCAAGAUUGUGCCCAUCGGUCCACUGAUAACUCCAAGGACCGACUCUAGGAGUGGCGCUGAAUACAUACAGUGGUUGGAUACAAAAAAUGAUUUGUCUGUGCUUUAUAUUUCGUUCGGGACAGUUGUCGUGUUGAGCAAGAAACAGAUUGUAGAGCUCUGCAAGGCGUUGAUAAAGAGUCAGAGGCCGUUUUUGUGGGUGAUUACGGAAAAGUUGCACACAAGUAAAGAAGAAGAGAACGAAGAAGAGAGCAUAAGGAGUUUCACAGAAGAGCUGGAUGAGAUAGGAAUGGUGGUUUCUUGGUGCGAUCAGUUAAGUGUGUUGAAGCAUAGAUCGAUAGGUUGUUUUGUGACGCAUUGCGGGUGGAACUCGACGCUGGAGAGCUUGGUGGCCGGAGUUCCGGUGGUUGCGUUUCCGCAGUGGAAUGAUCAGAUGACCAACGGGAAGCUUCUAGAGGAGUGUUGGAGGACAGGUGUGAGAGUGAUGGAAAAGAAGGAAGAUGAAGAGGUUGUGGUUGAGAGUGGGGAGAUAAAGAGAUGCAUUGAGGAAGUGAUGGAUGAGAAGGCGGAGGAGUUUAGAAGAAACACUGCGAGGUGGAGAGAUAUAGCUGCCGAGACGGUGACAGAAGGAGGAUCUUCGUUUAAACAUCUCAAAGCUUUUGUCAAUGAGCACAUAGUGCCAUGGGGCUAGAAAAAUAAAAGACAAACAGGUGCCAAACAUGGAUUUUGAUGGAAGGUGAAGGUUGGACUGCUCAACAAGGUGAAUAGGUUUUAGAUACAAAGUACUCGUAUUAUGUGGUGAUGCUUAUGUUGAAGUUGAUGCUUAAGCAAGGCAUAAUAUAACUCAAGAAAUUGAUAUUGGAGCUGAACGAAGGCAUGAUAUACCUACUCAAGAAACUGAUGUUGCAUCUGAAUCAAGGAAUGUUGGCCCCUCAUCUUCUAGGUUAAAUGCUAAUAAGAUAAGAUCAAGGGUUGUACAGGCAAGAAAAUCCGUGGCACAUGUGAUUAGGAAGUGUUUAAUCGUGUGACAGUAUUCUUUCCCACAAGAAUCGUCUAACAGAGUGUAGUUGGCGUCAGCUUCGGGAGGUUCUAAACUCUUUGCCUACUAUAAGGUUGUAAUCUUUCUUGUACAAAUCCUUAAAUAAUAAUCUCAAGAAAGAUCCUGCAAAUCGUAGAUGAGGAGAAUCAUGUGACCUCCUAUAUAUGGGGUUACAUUUAUGUUCUUAGCUGAGGAUGAUGAGAUAAAUUUGAUAGUAGAUGAGGAGAAUCAUGUAACCUACUAUAGAUGAAACGUAUGGAGUGAUGGAUGCAAUAUUGACAAACAGCUAAUGAUGAAAAAUAGAGGUGGAGGUUGAUGUCAUGUG